AUGGCGGCGCCCAGUAACGCUGAUCAUUCUCCCGAGAUAUCGACGCCGUUAAAGAUACCGAAAACAGAAGUGCCAUCACCAGAAUCGGAAGAUUUGAGCGACAGCAACCAAUAUCAUUCCAAUCCCUCCACACCUAAUCGUUUCUCGCCUCUCAACGUAGGUUUGUCGAUUUCUGGGAGCGCAGGCCGAAGUGUAUCGGCCUGUGCCUCAAAUAGCUUCACAGCUUGCCGAGGGAUGUCGUGGACCCCAUCCGAAACAAACGCCCUUAUUGCGGUGUGGGGCAAUGAAAGACUGACGGAGGCACGAAUGCAGCAGCUGGAGGUUGCAGGCACCGUUUUCUCUGGAAAGGCUCCUGGUCCCGCAAUGUACGAGCGGGUCUCACGAGCCCUAGCAGAGCUCGGCUACGAAAGGACCCCAUCCCAAUGCAGGGAGAGGAUGAAGGUAAUGGGGGACAGAGUAAGCAUGUUCAUCUAUCACAUAGCUAGGUAGUCAACGUUAGCCAUCUGUCAGACGCUUGCUAGGCAACUUCGUGCUAUGUUCAUUCAUUUUAUGUUAACCAGGAUGUUGUCAUUACUACCUUCCUAGCUAUGCCCCUUUACUAAGUAACGUUACCUAUCUAGCUAGCUAUACUGAACAAAAAUAUAAACGCACCAUGUAAAGUGUUGGUCCCACGUUUCAUAAGCUGAAAUAAAAGAUCCCAGACAUAUGCAGAAAAAGCUUAUUUCGCUCAAAUGUUGUGCACAUUUGUUUACUUCCCUGUUAGUGAGUAUUUCUCAUUUGCCAAGAUAAUCCAUCCACCUGACAGGUGUGGCAUAUCAAGAAGUUGAUUAAACAGCAUGAUCAUUACAUAGGUGCACCUUGUGCUGCGGACAAUAAAAGGCCACUCUAAAAUGUAUAGUUUUGUCACACAACACAAUGCCACAGAUGUAUCAAGUUUUGAGGGAGCAUGCAAUUAUCCUGCUGUCUGCAGGAAUGUCCACCAGAGCUCUUGCCAGAGAAGUUAAUGUUCAUUUCUGUACCAUAAGCCACCUCAACGUCGUUUUAGAGAAUUUGGCAGUACUGUACGUCCAACCGGGCCUCACAACCGCAGACCAUGUGUAACCACGCCAGCCCAGGACCUCCACAUCCGGCUUCUUCACCUGCGGGAUGGUCUGAGACAAGCUACCCGGACAGCUGAUGAAACUGGGUUUGCGCAUCUGAAAAAUGUCUUCACAAACUGUCAGAAACCGUCUCAGGGAAGCUCAUCUGUGUGCUCAUCGUCCUUACCAGGGUCUUGACCUGAAUGCAGUUCGGGGCCGUAACCGACUUCAGUGGGCAAAUGCUCACUUGGAGAAGUAUGCUCUUCAUGGAUGAAUCCCUGUUUCAACUGUACCGGGCAGAUGGCAGCGUGUAUGGCAUCGUGUGGGUGAGUGGUUUGCUGAUGUCAACGUUGUGAACCCCAUGGUGGUGGUGGGGUUAUGGUACGGGCGGGCAUAAGCUACGGACCACUAACACAAUUGUAUUUUAUCGAUGGCAAUUUGAAUACACAGAGAUACCGUGACGAGAUCCUGAGACCCAUUGUGGUGCCAUUCAUCCGCCGCCAUCACCUCAUGUUUCAGCAUGAUAAUGCACGACCCCAUGUCGCAAGGAUCUGUACACAAUUCCUGGAAGCUGAAAAUGUCCGAGUUCUUCCCAGGCCUGCAUACUCACCAGACGUGUCACCCAUUGAGCAUGUUUUGGAUGCUCUGGAUCGACUUGUACGACAGUGUUCCAGUUCCCACCAGUAUCCAAAAACUUCGCACAGCCAUUGAAGAGGAGUCAGACAACAUUCCACAGGCCACAAUAAAAAGCCUGAUCAAGUCUAUGCGAAGGAGAUGUGUUGCACUGCAUGAGGCAAAUGGUGGUCACACUAGAUACUGACUGGUUUUCUGAUCCACGCCCCUACCUUUUUUUUUUUAUCUGUGACCAACAGAUGCAUAUCUGUAUUCCCAGUCGUGAAAUCCAUAGAUUAUGGCCUAAUGAUUUUAUUUCGAUUGACUGGUUUCCUUAUAUGAACAGUAACUCAGUAAAAUCUAGGAAAUUGUUGCAUGUUGAGCUUUAUAUGUUUGUUCAUUGUAGUAAUGUAGCAAGAUAAUGUAACCAGUUGCCCUUCCCUGAGCUAGAUAGAUAGCUAUCCGGUAAGCUGACUGGAAGUUUGCAGAAGAUUGUUGAAUUUUGCAUCUAGUGCAAUUGUAGAGAAUUAAAUAUUCUCAGUUGCAUUUCAAAGCAAAGGAUUUCAGUAAAUGUAUGUAGCCAUUCAUUCAUUUCGGUUAUGGGUGACUAUUCUCUCUCAAAUUGGGUGUAUUUGUGGCAUUGGAUAUGCCUAUAGCUAGCCUAAUAGCUAACACUAACUUCAAGCUCUUCCUCUGACGUUCACACAUCCAUUAUGACCCGCAGACGCUGCGACGGUGCUACAGCCGAGUGAAGGAGCACGGUGUCGGCAAGAGGAAGAGCAGCUACUCCAUCGAGCAGCUGGAAAAGGUGUUUGGUCAGGGGGGAUGGGACUCCCAGACGUGUGCCCCCGUCCUCAUUAACAGCAGUGGCCUGUACCAGGAGAUGGAGUCUGACGGCAGCACGAUGGAGGACUUCUCCCAGGAAGACUGGUGCAACCAGGUGCUGGCCUCCGCCUUCCAGGAGGGAGAGAUGGAAACUGGUGACUGGUGGUGAUUUUAUUGUGGUGUUGACAAAUGUGGGCAAUAGUGAAGUGGUCAGCAGACUUAUUUUUGUUAAAGGGGUAGGUAGACUAUCCAGGGUGCUGGUAGUUCUUAUUAGGGGUAGUUACGGGACUGUGAAACGUUUGGAAGCCCUGUCGUUAGUAUGCAGGCUAUUCCUUCACUCUAUGUCAAAAUGAAUACUGUAGGAGUUAGCUAAUGUGUUCAUAUGCCUGUCAGGUAUCAUUUAAUGUGUUAUGUUGAUGGAAAAUACUGUUAAUUUCUUCAGAGGUAACACAGCCACCAAAGAAUGCCAGAGUCCUGCAGCUUCGACCUGAGCCUUUGGAGCAAGUCCAGUAUGUAUUUUUUCCAUAGAAUGAAUGAUCCCUGAUAACACUACGUGUAAUAUUAGGAUAUAAGGCCAAAAUAAAUGCUUAUUUUUUUACUGCCAAGAUGUGAUAUAUUUGAAAAUGAAAUCACUGACAGAGGCUUAGUUACUGCAUCAUUCAAUGUCCAAUCUUCAUCAAAAAAUUAAGCAGCUGUUCUCAUUACCAAUCCUCCAUUGGUUCCAACCUCAUCUUGACCGUUCAUGUAUUUCUGUCCCUGUCAGGAAACAGGAAGUAAUGCAGAACGUGGUGCGCAUCCUGGAGUCGGUGCAUGUGAAGUGGGAGCACUUCCAGACGUGGACCGACUUCUCCCGGCUGCACCUUUCCAACAAGCUGGCCAUUUUCGGCGUGGGCUACAACACGCGCUGGCGCGAGGACAUCCGCUACCACUAUGCAGAGAUCAGCUCCCAGGUGCCCCUUGGCAAGCGGCUGCGCGAGUACUUCAACCCGGAGAAGGCAGAGGGCCGUGUCAUCAUGACCAAAGUGCAGAAGAUGAACUGGAAGAACGUGUAUUAUAAGUUCCUGGACAUCACCAUUAGCGAGGCACGCUGUCUGGAACUGCACAUGGAGGUGGACUGGAUCCCCAUAGCCCAGUCCAGGGUGACUGGCUGUAGCAAUGGGACCUCCAAGUACCUCCUACCGGGGGGCAUCCCCAAGACUUACGGCCUGUACGCCAUAGGCUACGAGGAGGUGGCGGCGGAGUCGCACUACACAGGGGAGGAUGAGGCCCCAGCCUCUCCACUGCAACACCAAGACACUGACCAGAGCUUGCCUCUCUCUGGGUCGUCAGGCUCCGGCGGGUCCGGGUCCGAGAGUGUGGUGAGGCCGGGGGGACGAGCAGGGGAGGGGGAGAGGACAGGGGCCAAAGUGACCUACUGCUACCUGGGCAUCGCGGAGGAGAGGACCCUACAGCAGUGUCUGUUCCAGCACUUUCAGAGCUCAGGCAAGCACUACAGCCGCAGGGAGCUCUCGGCCGUCACACACUUCCUCCGGGGGAAUUGCAGCGGCACCGGGCAGCAGACCAGGGAAGAGGGCCUCUCCUUGGGCCCUGAACGUUCGGCCAUCUACAUUAAAUUUAUCGAGGUGGAGCUAGAUUUCCUCUCUGCUGGCUCACUGGUGGAAUGUCUAGAAAUUGCAGUUGGUUACUCCUUAAAGUACAAUAACAAAGAGACGUUGUAA